GGAUACGGCGUCUUUUGGACAUAGUUGUGAGACAGCGCCUGGGGGUCUCCGCGUGGUUUCUCCCAUUCAAAGAAAACAAUCCCCAACAUUUACUACGCUGCAAAACACUCCAGCGCUGCUCCAGAACUGUCACCGAGCUGUUAUUCAUCUCUUCAUCAUGGAGGCUCAGCCCGGUGCAUCAUGGGAGCUCAUCAGCGGUGUGACAAAUACAAUAUAUGAGGGCUGAGAGGUCGCCAUGGAGACUGACAGCUACACCUCCGGCCCAGCCCCCACCGACGGCCCGGAGGGAAUGGGGCUUCUUCUUCAGGAUCAGGGAGACGUGGGCUUGCCCGGCGGCCUGGAGUCCUGGUACACGCCGUACUCGCUGGGUUUCCAGGUGUCGCUCACCUCCCUCCUCGUGCUGGAGCUGGUGUUGGGUUUCAGCAGCAACCUGACUGUGCUGGUGCUCUACUGGUCUCAAUCCAAUUUAGUGGACUCGGUGAGCAAUAUGGUGACGGUGAAUCUGCACGUGCUGGACGUGGCGGUGUGCGCGCUGUGUCUGCCCCUCACUCUGGUGGUUGUGCUGCUGCCGCCCGGACCAAACAUGGCCCUGCUCUGCUGCUUCCACGAGGCUGGCGUCACAUUUGCCAGCAUCGCCACAGCCAUCAACAUCCUGGUCAUCAGCUUAGACCGAUACGACAUCUCGGUGAGGCCGGCCAACCGGCUGCUGACCACGCGUAGAGCGACGCUGCUCCUGGUUGCCGUUUGGAUCACCUCGGUAGCUGUGUUUUUUAUCCCGUUCCUGGAGGUGCAGUGGUCCAGCGGAGAAGGAGCAGAGGAGAGAGGCCAGGUGACGCCCUUGUCGUUGUCCUCGCGUGGCCUCGGCGUGGCAGUGGCGCCGGCGUGGCGUAACCAGACACUGCUGUGUGUCGGGGGCCAGGGCUACCAAACAGGUCUGGCUAUGUACUACCAUCUCAUUCUGCAGGUGCCCAUCUUUUUCACCACAGUGGCAGUCAUGCUCUUCACCUACUCCAGAAUACUGAGGGCUUUAAACAUCCGCAUCGGCUCCCACAUGAAAAAAGUCCAAAGGUUCAGGGGCCCCUCCGGCAAGGGACAGGAGGGGCCCCGCGACCGAAAGAAAAAAAAGAAAGCAGGGCUCAGAGUGAGCGAAGGUGGGCAGGUGGGACAGGAGCGGUGCACCACGGAUUGUACCAAAAAGCUCUGCCACCCUCCCCUCAUUGCUUCUCCCACUCCCACGGCCACCUCCCCGCCUGCCCUGUCCUCCGCCCCGCUCGUCACCUCCGACGCAGGUGCCGCGACCGCCAUGCCCACCACUGUGGGUGUCCAGGCCUCCGUGUCCGCCAUCAUCGCCCUCAGGAGGGCAGUGCGGCGGCACCGGGAUCGGCGGGAGCGACAGAGGCGGGUGUUCAGGAUGUCUCUCAUCAUCAUCACCACGUUCCUGGGCUGUUGGGCUCCCCUCUCCGUGACCAACAUACUGAUCCUCGGCAUUGGCCCCAGCGACGUCCUGGUCAGCCUUCGCCUCUGGUUCUUGGCCCUGUCGUACGGCACCACCGUCUCCCACCCUCUGCUCUACGCCUUCACCCGGCAGAAGCUGCGGCGUGCCCUCCGUACCAAGGUCAAGAAGAGGGUGGUGUCGCUGCUGCAGGUGGACCCGUCACCGGGGGGCACCGUCAUACACAACUCCUGGGUGGAGAACCGGAAAACCAGCCGGCAAGUGCGGCUGGAAGCAAGCGAAGGUACCGACCGCUGCCUGGCAGAGGUCCUUUGAGAGUGAAACACAAGGGCCCGGCUAGUUAUUACUAGUAAUUAAAAAUGGAGUGAAAGUUGUGUUCUAUUAGGAAACUCACUGGCGCGUGAAGCCAGUGCCUGAAAUAAACACAUCUACACCUUUGGGAGAUGUUUUAAUGUAAGCACCAAGCCCACGCUGGAGGCAGCAGGACGCUGCCGACAUACAGCCACUGUGGCUGGAUGUAAAAUGUGCAUGAAAUGUGUAUAACUUGCAGCCAGUCAAAUGUGUUUACACACGUAUGAAAGAGCGUUCUCAUGCUUACCUAACUGCUCCAAAGAAUGUGUUUAACCAGCAGAUGAUAUGGAAUGCCGACUCAAAGGCUCCAAGGCAGCUUUAAAAACAAAGAAUUGGUACUCUUUGAUGAAGUAAAUACUCAAAAAACUCUUUUGAAUGUAUUUGAUAUGGUCUCUGGUGUAGUUCUGCUGAGAUGGUCCAUUCUGAGCUGAAAUGGGGAACAUGUUGGAUAUGUAGAAGCAAGACGCAGUGAUGAUGUGAGGAUAAGAUGUAAAAGUAGUUAUUAAGCAGUAAAUGUUACAGUGUUUACAAGAAACCUAGCAAAGCUCUUUUGCACCAGAAUUUGGAUUUUUAAUGGUAUAAUGUCUUAUUGAUGUUUUGGAUGUCCUGAUUGGAGACGGUAGUUUGACCCUUUGGGAAAUGAGAUGAAAAGAUUGAUGCUGCUGCUACCGAACUCUCUGCCAGAAAGUGAUAAGCCGUUCUCCCAAAAUGUCUUUCUAAUCCUUUUAAAUCCAAAAGAAAUCUAUUCAUUACAUUAAAUGUUUCUUAUUGGAUUGUGUUUAAUUAGCUAGUCAAUAUAAUGCAGUCUCAUCCAAAAUCGACUCAUUUACUAAAAUAAUCAGUUGAUUAAAUGUCUCUGAGACAUCCGCAACCAAAACAGAGUAGUUAUAGCUUUAAUAAACAUAGAUUACAUCGUCGGCCUGUUGUUUUGGAGUGUAUCAUAUUUAAACUUUGGGGUUUUGGCAUGCUAAAAGCAUGCAUUUCUCUUUUGAGUAACAUUUAUGUACACGUUGUAAAUACUAACCAGAUUAAAAUGUAUGUUAUGGAAAAUCUACAGUAGAAGUUACUAAGUCUGUAUGCGAUUAUAGAUUUAGAGGAGUGUUUUAUUUGCAGCUGGCUAGUCCAAACAUGUGAUCCCAAGGGUCAACUCAACCUCAGCGUGCAGCAAACACCACGGAGCAACUGUCACUGCAGCCGAGCACCGACACACUUUGGCUUCUUUAUAAUGGCUUGUGUUUCCUGUUGACUUUGUUCCACCUGAUUGGUUGCUCACGGCUCCGGUGGCGUGCUCACAGUGAGGCCUCGUGAUCCAUCCUGCACACGCUACGCAUUCUUGAAUGUAAACCCAUGAAACAAAUAUAUAUAUAUUAUGUUGUACGUACACCAAGAAUAUGCUAUAUUUAUAGGUUUUCUUCAUGGUAAUGUUAUGAUGUGACCAUAUUAAUAAAUAUGAAAUACUC